UGUCAAAACUGUCAAGUAAUUUUGAAGUAAAAACUUCUGUAUUUUUAUUUUAAAAUUCUUAAUUAUGGUGUAGAUACAGUUAAUAAUAACAAGGCUUAUAUAGAGUUUGACGUACUAUUGAUAUUAAUUUAUAUGUCGUAGAUAAUAGUGCAAUAUGACAUCCUCGAGUCAGGACUACAUAUUUGAACCUUUUAAGGUUACUGAAGUCAAGUUUAGAGGUUCUGAGGUUCCACGGCCUCGUAGCGGCCAUAGAAUAGUUUGUGAUGAUGUUAACAUUUAUUGCUUUGGAGGCUAUAAUCCCGUUUUACCCUUGAAUAGUAUCCAAAGGGUUGAUCCCACCUGGAGUCCACACAGACCUCUGUUCAAAGAAUUGUGGAGUUAUUGUAUCGCUACUAGGAAAUGGAAACAACACAAAGUUGUACAGAACAUGCCUGAAGAACUAGCAUCAAAUGCUAUGUGCAUGAAUGGAAGAUAUCUAAUGAUAUUUGGUGGCACUGGAGCUCCUUUUGGAAAUAAAUGCAGUAAUGAUGUUAUAACAUGGCGGACAAACCCUGGCGAUGCUAAACUAGAAAUUCUUAAUGUAACAGGAAUAAGGCCUCCUGGGCAAUAUGGACAGUCAAUAUUGUGUCACAAUGGCUACUUUUAUACUAUUGGUGGCACCAAUGGAUUUGCAUAUAACUGUGAUAUUUAUAGGUUAGACCUUCGAACAAUGAACUGGGAGCAAGUGUUCGUCGGUAAUGGCCAGGAUGGUGAGCCAGUGGGAAGAUAUCGACAUGAAAUAGCGCGUGUUGGAAACAAGCUCUAUAUCAUUGGCGGUGGAACAGGAGAAUACGCUUUUGAACUUAUGGAAAUACCAGUUUACGAUCUGGACACUGACACAUGGUCAUUUUUGAGUCCUAAAGCUGAUGAUUCUUUCCGGAACACAUUGGCACCUUUAGCCAGGAAAUGUCAUAGUGCAGUGCAAGUUAACACAGAUGUGGGACCACAAGUGUUUGUAGUGGGAGGUUCGGAUGGACAGUCAAUGUUUGACGAUAUUUGGAGAUUGAACAUUAAAGAGAUGCAAUGGAAUUUGAUGCAAAAGACAGCAUUGCCGCAUCCACUGCAUUUUCAUUCAUCUACGAUCACAUCAUAUGGUUGUAUGUAUGUGUUUGGUGGUAUUGAACCCAAGGAUGAAGCGACUAGUCGAAAUAAUACAUUAUACAAAGUCUGGGUGUGUAUACCGAAGUUAAGUGAGAUUUGUUGGGAGGCUAUACUCAGUUUUCAACCAAAUUUAGAACAGGUUGAUAAGAAAACUCUCCUGAAUAUUGGGAUUCCUGCACAUUUUGUUGAUAGGGUGCAUUUAACUUGAACUUGUAUUGAAUUAUGAAAUUAGUGUGCAAAUAUAUCUAUUUCAUCUUCUGGUGUAAAUAGCUUUUGACAUAGUAUGUUACAUAUUUAUUUAAGAAUUUCUAGAGUGUAAACAAGUUAUUGCUUUUACCCUACAUAAUAAUGAAUUGUGAAUUACACUCAAAGUUAUGAUGGGUGGUGUUUAAUAAACUAUGUCAUUUU